GGUAUAGUCCCCUUCUUCAGUAUCGUUGAGUAAGUGUUCUUUUACUGCAAGUACUUCCAAAAUCCAAAAUCAAGUGUUUGGUAACUCACGAUCUUGGAAGAACCCUAGUCUCUACACACAAACCGCAUUCACUCACUUCCUAUGAAGAUGCUCCGAAGGAUCCUGCAGUUUCAGUUUCGAUGCACAAUGAAUUCAAAUUCAAGUUCAAUUAAGCUUUAUUUCGAGGUCUAAUUCUUCUAUAAUGUGGAAUUCCUUCUGGAGAUCCAGGGAUCGUUUCUCCCUGGACCAACUCAGGUACUUAACCGAUCAAUUGACGAAGGUACAAAUUAUUAAUGAGGUUAAUAAGGGUUUUGUAAUUGAGGCACUGAGAUCAAUUGCGGAGUUGAUAACAUAUGGUGACCAACAUGACCCGAGUUUUUUCGAAUUCUUCAUGGAAAAGCAAGUCAUGGGUGAAUUUAUACGUGUUCUGAAACUUACCAGGACUGUGAGCGUUCCACUUCAGUUGCUGCAAACAGUGAGCAUUAUGGUCCAGAACCUAAAAAGUGAACAUGCUAUAUACUAUAUGUUCAGUAAUGAAUAUAUAAAUUACUUGAUUACUUACCCGUUUGACUUUCGAAAUGAAGAGCUGCUGUCGUACUACAUAUCCUUUUUAAGGGCAAUAAGUGGAAAAUUGAACAAGAAUACAGUUUCACUGCUUGUGAAGACUCAUGGUGACGAAGUAGUUUCAUUUCCACUGUAUGUAGAGGCCAUACGCUUUGCUUUUCACGAGGAGAGCAUGGUUCGCACUGCAGUACGAACUGUCACUCUUAAUGUCUACCAUGUUGGAGAUGACUCUGUCAAUAGAUAUAUAACCAGCACUCCUCACAAAGAUUACUUCUCAAACCUGGUUUCAUUCUUUAGGAAGCAGAGCAUGGAUUUAAAUAAACUGCUUUCUGAUACACAACUAAAUCCGGGCCCAGAUUCAAUGUCUGCAAUUAUUGCUGCUAUAGAUGAAAUUGAGGAUAAUCUGUACUACUUCAGUGAUGUUGUUUCUGCUGGAAUUCCUGAUGUUGGGAGACUGAUUACUGAUGGCAUUAUGAUGAUUUUGACAUUCCCAUUACUUCUUCCUUCCCUAAGGGUCAUGCCCAAUAAUGACAUGCAACACGGUGCUGCCCCUUCUCUAUACUUACUUUGUUGCAUCCUGAGGAUUGUCAAAAUCAAAGAUUUGGCAAACACCAUUGCUGCUGCUCUCUUUUAUCCCUCAAAGGCCUUUACAAAUAGUUCUCAGGGUUUUCAUUCAGAUGGUAUUCUAGUGCAAAAUGAUUGUACCAGUUCAAAUUUGUCUUUAAGGGAGGUUUUGCUUGCUUAUGUAACAAAAGGAAAUGAUGUCCUAGUUUUGGGUUCUUUGAGUGUGCUUGCUAUUCUGCUGCAAACUAAAGAACUUGAUGAAUCAAUGCUUGAUGGGCUUGGAAUUCUUCCACAACGAAAACAACAUAAAAAACUGUUAUUGCAAGCUUUAGUUGGUGAGGGUUCAGGCGAAGAACAACUUUUUUCAUCUAAAAGUAAUAGGGAUGGCAUUGGUACUGAUAUCAAUGUCUAUCAUCAAAAGAUCAAGGAGCAGUAUGGAGUAUCUUUCCUGCCUUCUGAUGCGGGAAUAAGUCCUCAUAUACAUAGAUUUCAAGUGAUUAAUGCAUUAGUGAGCCUCAGUUGUCGCUCUGAUAUAUCUGCAGAGAUACUAUGGGAUGGUGGAUGGCUUUUGCGUCAGUUGCUUCCUUACAGUGUUUCAGAAUUCAACAACCAUCACCUUGAAUUACUGAAAGUUUCAUACAAGAGUUAUGCUUCUGCUCUUGUAGAGGAGGUUAGAGGUAUUUGGUCCGACUUACUUAUUUCUGUUCUCUGUGAUGAAUGGAGAAAGUGCAAAAGAGCAAUGGAGUCAUCAUCUCCUCGGAAAGAACCAAAUUGCAUACUUUUGCUACCAUGGAAGAUUUCUUCAGGAGGUCAUAUUCCAGAGGGGUCAUCUUUUGCUGCUGGUAAAAGAAUGCAUGAGUUGGUGAAGGUAUUUGUACUACUGCACCAGCUUCAGAUAUUCACUCUUGGCAGAACUUUAUCAGAGCAACCACUGAUUUACCCUCCUGGUGAUCUCCCUGCAAACUGUCGCGCCCAAGGUUCUGGGAUUGACGUGUCAGGCCCAAAGGCAGGAACUGAAGUCAGCCUCGGCAAUGCCCUGCCUUGUAGGAUAGCUUUCGAGAAGGGAAAAGAGCUUCAUGUGUACUUUCUAGCAAUAUCUUUAGGAAUUUCUGGGUGGCUUGUUGUUGCAGAAGAAUUGCCACUGAAGAAGUCUCAUGGAGUGGUUCGGUCUGUUGCCCCUUUGGCUGGGUGCAAUCCCAGGAUUGAUGACAAUCAUGCAACGUGGUUACACUUGCAGAUUCGGACUUCCUCUUUACCUUUUGUAAAUCCUGUUCACUUCAAAGACUUUCGGAAAAAGAAAACAAAAGCUUCGGUAGAUGGCAGAUGGACUUUGUCGUUCAAAGAUGAGGAGACUUGCAAAUCUGCUUUUCUCAUGACUGUUGAGGAAAUCAAUUUUCUGAGUAAUGAGGUUCAUAGAAGACUAAAGCCUUUGCUCAACCUUGAAACUCCAAUAGAUUUACCAGGUUCGUCUUUUUGUUUUCCGGAGGAUUCUUAUUCGUACAGAACACAUCCCAAUUAAUUUCGACGCCCUUUUUGUAUAUGCCUCCAAAGAAAUAUAUAUUUUAGAUUAGUUAUUGCUUGUGUCAUUCUUUUGUAUAUUGCGACAAAUGUAAAUACAAGGGAACAUCGUAUAGAAAGCUUGCUUUUCCUGCUUUUUUUUUCCUUCGCUUCCGUCUUGCGUUGCAGUGUGUUAAUACUGAUUAUUGGAAUAUUUCAUUGCUGUUC